CUCCGGAACCCGGAAGCGGGAGCGCGCGGGGGAGCGGCGGGCGCGGCGGGGCGGAGCGGCCCGAGCAGCGGCGGGCGGGCAGGCGGUCGUCCGGCCGGGGACCCGGUCCGGGACCGGCGGCGCGCGGCGGCCGAGGCCAGCUCCAGGACACGCGCACCCCGAGCCCGGGAGGCAUGCUGAAGCCAGGCGGCCGGCAGGAUGAGUGUGAAAGAGGCAGGCAGCUCGGGCUGCCGGGAGCAGGCGGCCUACCACCUGCACAUCUACCCCCAGCUGUCCACCACCGAGAGCCAGGCCUCGUGCCGCGUGACCGCCACCAAGGACAGCACCACCUCGGACGUCAUCAAGGACGCCAUCGCCAGACUGCGGCUGGACGGCACCAAAUGUUAUGUGCUGGUGGAGGUCAAAGAGUCAGGAGGCGAGGAAUGGGUGCUGGACGCCAACGACUCGCCUGUGCACCGGGUGCUGCUAUGGCCCCGGCGGGCACAGGACGAGCACCCGCAGGAGGAUGGCUACUACUUCCUGCUGCAGGAGCGCAACGCGGAUGGGACCAUCAAGUACGUGCACAUGCAGCUGGUGGCGCAGGCCACAGCCACCCGGCGCCUAGUGGAGCGUGGCCUCCUGCCACGGCAGCAGGCGGACUUUGAUGACCUGUGUAACCUCCCCGAGCUAACUGAGGGCAACCUCCUGAAGAACCUCAAGCACCGCUUCCUGCAACAAAAGAUCUACACGUACGCGGGGAGCAUCCUGGUGGCCAUCAACCCCUUUAAGUUCCUACCCAUCUACAACCCCAAGUACGUGAAGAUGUAUGAGAACCAGCAGCUGGGCAAGCUGGAGCCACACGUCUUCGCGCUGGCCGACGUGGCCUACUACACCAUGCUCAGGAAGCGCGUGAACCAGUGCAUCGUGAUCUCGGGUGAGAGCGGCUCCGGCAAGACCCAGAGCACCAACUUCCUCAUCCACUGCCUCACUGCCCUCAGCCAGAAGGGCUAUGCCAGCGGCGUCGAGAGGACCAUCCUGGGUGCUGGCCCUGUGCUGGAGGCUUUUGGAAACGCCAAGACAGCCCACAACAACAACUCCAGCCGGUUUGGGAAAUUCAUCCAAGUCAGCUACCUAGAGAGUGGCAUCGUGAGAGGAGCUGUCGUCGAGAAAUAUCUGCUUGAAAAGUCUCGCCUGGUGUCUCAGGAGAAGGAUGAGAGGAACUACCAUGUGUUUUAUUAUUUGUUACUCGGGGUCAGCAAGGAAGAGCGCCGAGAAUUUCAGCUCAAGCAGCCUGAAGAUUAUUUCUACCUCAACCAGCAUAACUUGAAGAUUGAAGAUGGGGAGGACCUGAAGCAUGACUUUGAGAGGCUCAAGCAGGCCAUGGAGAUGGUGGGCUUCCUCCCCGCCACCAAGAAGCAGAUUUUUGCCGUCCUCUCGGCCAUCCUGUACCUGGGCAACGUCACUUACAAGAAGAGAGCUACAGGCCGAGAGGAAGGGUUGGAGGUCGGGCCACCCGAGGUGCUGGACACCCUGUCGCAGCUUCUGAAGGUGAAGCGAGAAAUCUUGGUGGAGGUUCUGACCAAAAGAAAAACGGUGACCGUCAACGACAAGCUUAUCCUUCCCUACAGCCUCAGCGAGGCCAUCACUGCCCGCGACUCCAUGGCCAAGUCUCUGUACAGCGCCCUGUUCGACUGGAUUGUGCUGCGGAUCAACCACGCACUCCUCAACAAGAAGGAUGUGGAAGAGGCAGUCUCGUGCCUGUCCAUCGGGGUCCUGGACAUCUUCGGGUUUGAAGACUUCGAGAGGAACAGCUUUGAGCAGUUCUGUAUCAACUAUGCCAAUGAGCAGCUACAGUAUUACUUCAACCAGCACAUCUUCAAGCUGGAGCAGGAGGAGUAUCAGGGCGAGGGGAUCACAUGGCACAACAUCGGCUACACAGACAAUGUCGGCUGCAUCCAUCUCAUCAGCAAGAAGCCCACGGGCCUCUUCUACCUGCUGGACGAGGAGAGCAACUUCCCCCACGCCACGAGCCAGACCCUGCUGGCCAAGUUCAAACAGCAGCAUGAGGACAAUAAGUACUUCCUGGGCACCCCGGUCAUGGAGCCAGCCUUCAUCAUCCAGCACUUCGCAGGGAAGGUGAAAUAUCAGAUCAAGGACUUCCGGGAGAAGAACAUGGACUACAUGCGGCCAGACAUCGUGGCCCUGCUGCGGGGCAGUGACAGCUCCUAUGUGCGGGAGCUCAUCGGCAUGGACCCCGUGGCCGUGUUCCGCUGGGCCGUGCUCCGGGCCGCUAUCCGGGCCAUGGCAGUGCUUCGGGAGGCCGGACGCCUGCGGGCCGAGAGGGCCGAAAAGGCUGCAGCAGGUAUUAGCAGCCCUGGUGCCCAAAGUCACCCGGAAGAGCUGCCAAGAGGAGCCAGCACCCCUUCGGAAAAACUUUACCGCGAUUUGCAUAACCAAAUGAUCAAGAGCAUCAAAGGAUUGCCCUGGCAGGGCGAGGACCCCCGUAGCCUUCUGCAGUCCCUCAGUCGGCUCCAGAAACCCCGCGCCUUCAUCCUGAAAAGUAAAGGUAUCAAACAAAAGCAGAUCAUUCCAAAGAACCUACUGGACUCCAAGUCCCUGAAACUCAUCAUCAGCAUGACCCUGCACGACCGCACCACCAAGUCCCUACUGCACCUGCACAAGAAGAAAAAGCCACCAAGCAUCAGCGCCCAGUUCCAGACAUCCCUUAACAAGCUCUUGGAGGCGCUGGGGAAGGCGGAGCCCUUCUUUAUCCGCUGCAUCCGUUCCAAUGCUGAAAAGAAAGAGCUGUGCUUUGACGACGAGCUGGUCCUGCAGCAGCUGCGCUACACCGGCAUGCUGGAGACCGUGCGCAUCCGGAGGUCAGGAUACAGCGCCAAGUACACGUUCCAGGAUUUCACCGAGCAGUUCCAGGUCCUCCUGCCCAAGGAUGCCCAGCCCUGCAGGGAGGUCAUCUCCACCCUCCUGGAGAAAAUGAAGAUAGACAAGAGGAACUACCAGAUCGGGAAGACCAAGGUCUUCCUGAAGGAGACGGAGCGGCAAGCCCUGCAAGAGACUCUGCACCGGGAGGUGGUGCGGAAAAUCCUGCUGCUGCAGAGCUGGUUCCGGAUGGUGCUGGAGCGUCGGCACUUCCUGCAGAUGAAGCGGGCUGCCGUCACCAUCCAGGCCUGCUGGCGAUCCUACCGGGUCCGGAGGGCGCUGGAGAGGACGCAGGCCGCCGUGUACCUCCAGGCCACAUGGAGGGGCUACUGGCAGCGGAAGCUCUACCAGCGCCAGAAACAGAGCAUCAUCCGCCUGCAGAGCCUGUGCCGGGGGCACCUGCAGCGCAAGAGCUUCAGCCAGAUGAUCUCAGAGAAGCAGAAGGCAGAAGAGAAGGAGAGGGAAGCCCUGGAAGCCGCAAGAGCAGGCGCUGAGGAGGGCGGGCCGAGUCAGGUGGCCGGCGGGCAGCAGGUAGCUGAGCAGGGGCUGGAGCCGGCGGAGGAUGGCGAGCACCCGGCAUCGGAGCCUGAGGUGCAGCCAAGUGACAGGUCCCCCCUAGAGCACUCCUCACCUGAGAAGGAGGCCCCAAGCCCAGAGAAGACUCUCCCGCCCCAGAAAACCGUGGCGGCUGAAAGUCACGAGAAAGUCCCCAGCAGCCGGGAGAAGCGUGAGUCGCGUCGGCAAAGAGGGCUGGAGCACGUCAAGUACCAGAACAAACACAUCCAGUCCUGCAAGGAGGAGAGUGCCCUCAGAGAACCUUCCAGAAGGGUCACCCAGGAGCAAGGGGUGAGUCUCCUGGAAGACAAAAAGGAGAGCAGAGAAGAUGAAACCCUUCUAGUCAUAGAGACGGAGGCUGAGAACACAUCUCAAAAGCAGCCCACAGGGCAACCCCAGGCCAUGGCAGUUGGCAAGGUCUCUGAAGAAACCGAGAAGACACUGCCCAGUGGGAGCCCCAGGCCUGGCCAGUUGGAGCGGCCGACCAGCCUGGCCUUGGACAGCAGCGUCAGCCCACCGGCCCCUGGCAGCGCCCCUGAGACCCCCGAGGACAAGAGCAAACCAUGUGGCAGCCCAAGGGUUCAGGAAAAGCCCGACAGCCCUGGAGGCUCCACACAGAUCCAGCGGUACCUGGAUGCCGAGCGGCUGGCCAGCGCCGUGGAGCUGUGGCGGGGCAAGAAGCUGGUGGCCACCGCCAGCCCUAGUGCCAUGCUCAGCCAGUCCCUGGACCUCAGCGACAGACACCGGGCCACAGGGGCCGCCCUCACGCCCACAGAGGAGAGGCGCACCUCCUUCUCCACGAGCGAUGUCUCCAAGCUCCUCCCGUCCCCGGUCAAGGCUCAGCCUGCAGCAGAAACCACGGACACAGAGCGAAGUGUGAAGAAGCCAGCUGUCCAGAAGAAGAAGUCUGGCGACGCAUCCUCCCUCCCAGACGCAGGGCUGUCCCCGGGCUCUCAGGUCGACUCUAAAUCCACGUUUAAGAGGCUUUUUCUGCAUAAAACCAAGGAUAAAAAAUACAGCCUGGAGAGCGCGGAGGAGCUGGAGAAUGCAAUGUCCGGGCAGGUGGUGCUGGAAGCCACCAGCAUGAAGAAGGGCCUGGAAGCCCCCUCCGGACAGCAGCACCGCCACGCCGCAGGUGAGAAGCGCACCAAGGAACCAGGAGGCAAAGGGAAGAAGAACCGAAACGUCAAGAUUGGGAAGAUCACGGUGUCGGAGAAGUGGCGGGAAUCGGUGUUCCGCCAGAUCACCAACGCCAACGAGCUCAAGUACCUGGACGAGUUCCUGCUUAACAAGAUAAAUGACCUCCGUUCCCAGAAGACGCCCAUCGAGAGCUUGUUUAUCGAAGCCACGGAGAAGUUCAGGAGCAACAUCAAAACGAUGUACUCCGUCCCGAACGGGAAGAUCCACGUGGGCUACAAGGAUCUGAUGGAGAACUACCAGAUCGUCGUCAGCAACCUGGCCACUGAGCGUGGCCAGAAGGACACCAACCUGGUCCUCAACCUCUUCCAGUCACUGCUAGAUGAGUUCACCCGUGGCUACACCAAGAACGACUUCGAGCCAGUGAAGCAGAGCAAAGCUCAGAAGAAGAAGCGGAAGCAGGAGCGCGCUGUCCAGGAGCACAACGGGCACGUGUUCGCCAGCUACCAGGUUAGCAUCCCACAGUCGUGUGAGCAGUGCCUCUCCUAUAUCUGGCUCAUGGACAAGGCCCUGCUCUGCAGCGUGUGCAAGAUGACCUGCCACAAGAAGUGCGUGCACAAGAUUCAGAGCCACUGCUCCUACAUCUACGGGAGGAAGGGCGAGCCAGGCGCUGAGCCAGGCCACUUCGGCGUGUGCGUGGACAGCCUGACCAGCGACAAGGCCUCAGUGCCCAUCGUGCUGGAGAAGCUCCUGGAACACGUGGAGAUGCACGGCCUGUACACCGAGGGCCUCUACCGCAAGUCGGGCGCUGCCAACCGCACUCGGGAGCUCCGGCAGGCGCUGCAGACAGACCCCACAGCAGUCAAGCUGGAGAACUUCCCCAUCCACGCCAUCACAGGGGUGCUGAAGCAGUGGCUGCGGGAGCUGCCCGAGCCCCUCAUGACCUUCGCACAGUAUGGUGACUUCCUCCGAGCCGUCGAGCUGCCGGAGAAGCAGGAGCAGCUGGCUGCCAUCUAUGCCGUCCUGGAGCACCUUCCAGAAGCCAACCACAACUCCCUGGAGAGACUCAUCUUCCACCUCGUCAAGGUGGCCCUGCUCGAGGAUGUCAACCGCAUGUCGCCCGGGGCGCUUGCCAUUAUCUUCGCACCCUGCCUCCUGCGCUGCCCCGACAACUCGGACCCGCUGAUCAGCAUGAAGGACGUCCUCAAGAUCACCACGUGCGUGGAGAUGCUGAUCAAGGAGCAGAUGAGGAAAUACAAAGUGAAGAUGGAGGAGAUCAGCCAACUGGAGGCUGCAGAGAGCAUCGCCUUCCGUAGGCUUUCCCUCCUGCGACAAAAUGCUCCAUGGCCUCUCAAACUGGGGUUUUCGUCUCCCUAUGAGGGGGUCCUGAACAAGAGCCCCAAGGCCCGGGACAGCCAGGGGGAGGAGCUGGAGGUGCUCCUGGAGGAGGAGGCAGCCGGCGGCGAUGAGGACCGGGAAAAGGAGAUUCUCAUUGAACGGAUCCAGUCCAUCAAGGAGGAGAAGGAAGACAUCACCUACCGGCUGCCAGAGCUGGACCCAAGGGGCUCGGACGAGGAGAACCUGGACUCGGAGACGUCGGCCAGCACCGAGAGCCUGCUGGAGGAGCGGGCCGGGCGGGGGGCCUCGGAAGGUCAGUAUUAAGGUAGCGUCUGCUUUUCUCCUUCCCAUCCAUCCCAGCAGGCCCCAGGGCGAGGGUCCUCCGGCUGCCGGCCCUGAAGCUGCAGUAACCCUGCCAUCUGUCUCUCAAAAGGGCCCCCUGCGCCUGCUCUCCCUUGCCCCGGCGCGCCCGCCCCGAGCCCCCUCCCCACCGUGACCGCCCCUCCACGACGAAGGCCGUCGUCCUUCGUAACGGUCAGAGUGAAGACCCCCCGGCGGACCCCCAUCAUGCCCACAGCCAACAUCAAGCUCCCACCAGGCCUGCCCUCCCACCUGCCUCGCUGGGCGCCGGGUGCCCGGGAGGCGGCUGCCCCAGUGCGGCGCCGGGAGCCACCUGCCCGCCGCCCGGACCAGAUACAUUCCGUGUACAUCACGCCCGGGGCAGACUUGCCAAUGCAGGGCGCCCUGGAGCCCCUAGAAGAGGAUGGCCAGCCACCUGGGGCCAAGCGGAGGUACUCGGAUCCCCCAACGUACUGCCUGCCCCCCACCUCGGGCCAGGCCAAUGGCUGAGGGCCAUAGCUGACAAAGUCUGCAUGUCCGAGGACGGCCCCUGCACUGGAGCUGGGCGCCAGAGCUGCAGAGCUAGUGUUCGGCCCUCAGAGAAGGAUCCAGAAUCAAAAGCUCAAGAGUGACGUGGGUGGGCAUCAGCCCCAAGUGCAGAGUCAAGGCAGGGAGAGGCCGGCUGGAGCCAGGCCCCCUCAUGCGCCGCCCCCAAAUCACGGACGCGCCUGUGGGGAGCGCCACAUCUCCACCUGCGGCCUCACAUCUCCCCACUCCCCUUUUGUACGUUUAACUGUUUCUUUGUACGUGGUUUACAUAACUUUAAACUGUAACAGCCUUAAUGGAAGACCAAAUGGUUUUUUAUAUGUGUAUGUACAAAGUUUUCUAUUAACGUUGCCCGUCUCCCUUAUAACCUGGACGUGAGCUGUCAGAGCAGAGGCCACUAGGCUACUGCGCGUCUUGAGGCUCAGACCCCCGCUGUGGUUGGCUUGGGGUGGCCAAUGGGCUGGGACCCUCCAUGAGAGUUUUGGACACUGCAGCCACCUGACCCAUGCCUCUCUGACACGUGUCUCCGGGGGGCAGCCACCUGGCCAAUGUGCAUUUGAGGACGUGCUGGAACCUUCCAUGGGGGUCUAGGCUAUUGGCUGGAGCCAGGACAUGAGUCAGGGGCACCAUGGACCUCACGUGCCAGGGAGACUUGAAUGUGGCUGUCACUCUUCUGGACGCCAAGGGCUGCAGGAGGCUGCUUUUGGCACUACCCACCCUGUGUGACAGAACAGGAGCCGGCGACUCAGGACUGCUCACGGGCCAGGAGGGCAACGCCUGAAGUCAGACCUCCCUAUAGGUCAACAGGGACAACCUGGGGAUCUCUGGAGCAGGGCCCUCCUCUCUCAGGCUUGGCCCACUCCCCCAGACACCUGGACACAUGGCCACAAAUCUGGGACAAGGGGCCCCCGCACAGCGUGAAAUAAAAAGUGCCUGAGAA